AUGAGCACCCAAGGGUUCGUUGGCGCAUGGACCCGAGAGAAUGUGGCAUCCCUGGUCGAAAAGCUGGAGGCGGCGGGCAUCCGCCACUACGACACAGCCCUAAUUUACCCCGUUACCAAUUUUGAGGCCGCCGAACGGCUUCUGGGCGGCAUCCGCAAACGCGAGUUCGUAAUAGACACCACAAAUCUCUUCCGACCGGAGGCAUUGCGCAGAGUCAACAUGGAGGAGUCGAUCUGCAAGAGCUUGGAAACUCUGGGCGUCACCAAAAACACGGUGUCUGACAUCAAUAAUCUCCUCCUGUCUCCACGGGUCACGACACUCCACGCGCAUGCACCAGACAAAGCCACCCCCAUCGCCAAACAGGCGGCCAACUUCGACCACUUCCACUGGGCGGGCUACUUCGAGCAGCUGGGCCUGUGCAACUACUCCGCCGCACAGCUGAGCGAAUGGAUUGGAGGUGGCGACGGCGCAAUGUACAACAUCUUCCGCCGCGACUACGAGACCACGCCAUUCCCGCUGCUGCGACAGCACAACAUCCGGUUCGUAGCCAAUCCAACCCUGGCCGGCGGGUUUGCGACGGGCAAGCUCACCUUCGCCCAGACGGCGGAGCAGCUACAGGGCACGCGGUUCGAGGGUUCGAGCAGGCCGACGGGUCUGGCCCAGACGGCGCUGCGCUGGCUGCUGUUCCACCCCGGGCCGCAGAGCACAGACGCGGUGGCCAUCGGCCCCAGCUCUGUGACGCAGCUUGACGAGUAGUUGACAGCGCGUCAAGCGGGGCCCCUCCCGGCGGAACUGGCG